AUGAAAUUGUCUGUUUAUGGGAUUGUUUUGCUAUCCUUCUUAACUUCGUACAGUUAUAUAACUAAUAAUCUUAGUCGAAUGCUUCAGUUCUUUCCUUAUUCUUGCCCAUUCUCUCAUAGAAGAGCCGAUUUGAGUCACAAACCCUUUGAAAAAUCUGGAAGAUUGUAUUCUUAUAAUUUUGAAGAUUAUGAUAACACAAAAGACCACAAAGAAUUGUUACUAAAGUCAUUGAGAAAUAAAGUGUUUGAAAUUUCUGAACCAAACUCUAAAUUAGAAGAGAAAUAUAUAAAAGCAAGUGGCCCAGGAGGGCAAAAAAUCAAUAAAUCAGCAAUUUGUGUACAACUAAAUUAUUCAAACCCCUCAGGAAGUAUUAAAAUCAAUAUCAAGUGUAAAAAACAUAGAACAUUAAUUUUGAACCGAAUAGAAGCUACAGAAAUACUAAUCGCUAAAAUUAACGAAAUAAAAGAAAAGGAGAUUAUGGAAAUAAAGAGAGAAAAUUUCAAGGAAGCGAUGAGAAAUAGAAAGUUGUCGGAGAAAUCAAAAUUUUAUAUGAUGAAUAGAGUCUUGUUGACGUUAAUAUUUGUUUAUUUUAACAUAAAUUUUAAAAGUUGGUGUUUUUUAAAUUAUUACAGCUCAUCAAGGGACUAUGAACAUAUUCAUAAUGUAAAUGAUAAACACUAUGAUUCAAAAUUUGUUAGUGUUAACGCUCUAGAUAAGUCAAAACAUAAAGUUCCAAGUAAUAAAUCAGGAAAAUACGUUAAAUCGAAAAAAACAGGAACAAAUAAAGAAGAUUUGGACUCAUUGUUUGCUAAGGAUAACGACGAACGAAAGCUAAUCAAGGAAAUAAACGCAUCAAGAAGAUAUUUUAGUGAGAAAAAUAACCCUUUGAUGAGGAAAAUAGAACAUAGUAAUCAGAUAAUUUCAAGUAAAAAAAUCAAAAAGUUGGCAGAAAGAGCAGGAACCCUUAAUGUAAAAAGCUUGAAAGAGAAAACAAAAUUGUUAGAAAAACCGGAUAAAAUUGAAAAGAAAAGUAAAGUACGUGAUUCCAAUAAUAGAAGUGAUUUGAAUAAAAUUACUAGUAAACCUCACUCUGAAGUAAGUAAAAGUGAUUUGGCAAAAGAUGAAGUAGAGAAAAAAGUUUAUAAGAGGACAAAAAUAUCUGAAAAGGAGUUGAAUUUCUUGCCACUAAAGGCACCAGGAAUAAGAGCACUAGAGCCUGAUUCAAUGAAGAAUGUCCAAGUUGAAGAAAUUGAGUCGCUAAUCAAGUUGGGGUACGAUGGUAUAAUUGACAUGAACUCACUUUUCAAAAGUAAAACUGAUGGUGGUGGAACUUCAGAUUCUGAAUUCAUUAAAGUUCCGUUCAAGUCGCUGGGAAUAUACGAUGAGAAGUUAAUUGAGGCAUUAAAGCUGUUGGGAAUUGAUAGACCAACAUACGCUCAGAAAAAGUUCAUACCUAAGUUAACUGAGAUUUUAAAUACCAAAUUAACAGAAAAGUCUAGAAAUUUGAUAACAAGUGUUGUCCAUGCCUCUACAGGCUCUGGAAAAACAUUAAUGUAUAUGUUACCAAUAUUUCAAUCUUGUUUGAAUCAGUCCUUACCACUGUUUGGAGGAUGGUCAACCUACAACCAAAAGGCGAUAUUGGGUUAUGUUGAGGAACUUAUAAACCAAGAUAUUCUGGUAAUAUGCCCUUCACUUGAACUCUGCGUUCAGUCUAGUAAAGUAGCAAAAACUAUAUAUGAACAGUACAAAGCUGUAAAAAGUGAAGGUAGGACUGGAGAUUUUUACUCAGAUUUCUCAAAAAUUCUAGCAAUACCUUCUAAAGACAAAGAAAGUGAUGAGAUUGGUACACUCCAAGUUGAAACUGAAAUAAAGCCUACACUAUUAAUAGGAAACGCAAACAUUCUGUAUCAGAAAAAAAAUAUAAAGAAGAUAAUGUCUGAAAAGGCAGAAGAAUAUGAAGAAGCAAAAACCACAAUACAGGAAAUGACAGCGUCAAUGCUUCUUACCAAAGAGAUCGAUCCCACUCCAAACACUAUAAAAAGAACAGUGGCAAUGUAUUUUGCAACUCCAGGCCGUCUGUACUCAAUUCUAUUCGACCACAAGUUAUUGAAUCUGAAGAAUUUUAGAUACGUGGUUCUUGAUGAAUAUGAUAGCUACCUGGAAAUGGUAGGUGAUUCUGGUAAAAAAAUCAAAAAUGCUAGAACAAAGGACCUUAUAAAUAAAAUGUUCAAAAAUAUGAGUAAUAGGUAUGAAAGAGAGAUGGAAGAAGACCUAGGCAGAGAAUUAAAGGAGAAUCUACUAAAUUUGAGAAGAAAGUAUGUCAUGUGUGUUUCAGCAUCAGAUAAUUUGAUGUCAAUGCCAGGGAUUCUAAGGAAGUUUUUUCUAGAAGAAGGAGAAAAAAAUGAAAAGGAAAAUGAGAAUUCUAAAGAAUCGUGUGAUUCUGAAAACAAUGAAGUUAAAAAACACACAAAAUCAAAAACCUCGUAUCAAUUUCCGAAAAAUAUCCUACACACCAUGGCAAUAUAUUCAGUGCCGGACGCUAAAUUAUCAUUAUUGAGGAAAAUCCUAAAAUCAGUCCCAUACAAUAAGUCAGUUUUGAUAUUUUGUGAUUCAAAUGUUAGUUUUAGAUGGGGAGGAACUGCAAGCUUUUUGUUAAAGUACUUGAGUGGAAUUUUUGGAGAUUCAUCAAUACAGAUUUUGAACAGCGUACAAAACAGGAUAAUCAGAAGGAAAGCGUUCAGUAAUAUAAUACAAACUAAUAUAGAUAACACAAAUUUGUACAAUAUUAAUAAGAAAACGACAAAACUGGUAAAAGAUAUUUUGAUAUCUACCAGACUGAACUCAAGAGGCAUCGACUUCAGCGGUUACACCCACGUAAUUAACUAUGAUCUACCACACGGUAAGCGAUCUUUAUUAAAUAUGGACGCUCAGACCCAGAUUCAUAUAUACACAAAAGCGGAAGAAUAG